GGAAAUUAGAGAGAGAACAUUUUUCACCCUUCUCUCGCUUCAUUGCUCGCUUUUCGUCUCUUCUCCUUCUCGCUUCCCGGAAUCUGACGCAGUUAUCGCAAGGCUCCGAGAUCGGUAAGAAGACUUCAUGUUUCUCAUCUCUCAGACGAUCUCAAUCUCACUGUUCAUUUUCAAGAGUCAGUGAAGGUUCACGUAGGGUGGAAACAACAUGUCUGCAGUGGAUGAACCGUUAUAUCCAAUUGCUGUGCUCAUAGAUGAACUUAAGAAUGAUGAUAUCCAGCUCCGGCUGAACUCGAUCCGUCGGUUAUCAACUAUAGCACGUGCCCUCGGAGAGGACCGCACCCGGAAGGAAUUGAUCCCAUUCCUGAGCGAGAAUAGUGACGAUGACGAUGAAGUGCUCCUUGCAAUGGCGGAGGAGUUGGGAGUGUUUAUCCCUUAUGUUGGAGGAAUUGAACAUGCCUAUGUUCUUCUCCCUCCCCUAGAGGCUCUCUGCACGGUCGAGGAGACCUGCGUGAGAGAAAAAGCUGUAGAGUCGCUUUGCAGGAUCGGCUCUCAAAUGAGAGAAAGUGAUCUAGUUGAAUCUUUUGUCCCUCUCGUGAAGAGACUUUCUGCUGGGGAAUGGUUUGCAGCUAGGGUUUCUGCAUGUGGUUUGUUCCAUGUCGCCUACCCAACUUCUACUGAUGCGCUGAAGGCAGAGUUGCGGUCUACUUAUAGCCAGUUGUGCCAAGAUGACAUGCCAAUGGUGCGAAGAGCUGCUGCAUCCAACUUGGGGAAGUUUGCUGCCACUGUAGAGGCAACCCACUUGAAGGCUGAGAUCAUGACCAUGUUUGAUGAUCUUACUAAAGAUGAUCAAGAUUCUGUUAGACUGCUGGCUGUGGAAGGCUGUGCAUCCCUUGGAAAGUUGUUGGAGCCAAAUGAUUGCGUUGCACGCAUUUUACCGGUUAUCAUUGAUUUCUCUCAGGAUAAAUCUUGGAGGGUACGCUACAUGGUCGCUAAUCAGUUAUAUGAACUUUGUGAGGCUGUUGGUCCAGACAGCACAAGGACGGAUCUGGUCCCUGCUUACGUGAGAUUGCUACGUGACAAUGAGGCUGAAGUACGGAUAGCAGCUGCUGGUAAAGUUACCAAGUUUUGCAGGCUAUUGAGUCCAGAGAUUUCUAUUCAGCACAUCCUUCCUUGCGUGAAGGAAUUAUCGACAGAUUCCUCUCAGCAUGUCCGCUCUGCUCUAGCUUCGGUAAUAAUGGGGAUGGCCCCAAUCUUGGGGAAGGACUCAACCAUUGAGCAUCUUCUUCCUAUUUUUCUUUCCCUUCUGAAAGACGAAUUCCCUGAUGUACGCCUCAACAUCAUCAGCAAGCUCGAUCAAGUCAAUCAGGUUAUCGGAAUUGAUCUACUGUCACAAUCAUUGUUGCCCGCCAUUGUUGAACUUGCUGAGGAUAGGCACUGGAGGGUUCGGCUUGCGAUAAUAGAGUAUAUACCCUUGUUGGCCAGCCAGUUAGGUGUAGGGUUUUUCGACGAUAAACUUGGAGCCCUUUGCAUGCAAUGGCUCCAGGACAAGGUUUACUCUAUUCGGGAAGCUGCAGCCAACAACCUGAAACGCCUCGCUGAGGAGUUUGGGCCCGAAUGGGCAAUGCAGCACAUAGUUCCUCAGGUAUUGGAGAUGGUCGCUAAUUCACACUAUUUACAUCGAAUGAUGGUUCUACGUGCUAUUUCUCUCAUGGCUCCCGUCCUAGGCUCGGAUAUUACUUGUUCUAAGCUUCUUCCUGUGGUGGUUGAUGCUUCCAAAGACAGGGUCCCCAACAUUAAGUUCAACGUGGCUAAACUCCUUCAGUCCCUAAUCCCGAUAGUUGACCAGUCGGUGGUGGAGAAGACGAUCCGUCCAUGUCUGGUGGAUCUAAGUGAGGACCCUGAUGUCGAUGUCCGUUUCUUCGCGAACCAAGCUCUUCAUUCCAUCGACACAACAACUAUGGAGUCGUGAGCUUUUUAAGACGAGUCUCUGUUUCGGACAGAAGGUUCACCACCACCCCUCCCAUUCAUGGAUUCUUGAGAUCUGUUUCUUGUUCUCGUGGUUCUCCCUCUCCCAUGUAGCUCUUCAGUUUUGUCUUUGACGAUGUGAAAAUCUCCUCUGUUUCCCCAACCUUUUGUGUCCUGUCUCUUCCUAACUGAAGUAAUCUCACGUUUUUUUCUCUCUCUAGUAGAUACGGUCUAAUUAUGCGAUUGAUGUUUUCUCAUGUAAUAUAUAUACAUAUAUAUAUAUAUGUGUGUGUGUGUGUGUAUUUUCAGGCAAAUGGAAUUCUUAGCUCA